AUGGCGGCGACGGUUGCCAUCAUCGGGACUUGCGACACAAAGUUGACCGAGUUGCUAUUUCUUCGCGACGAAAUCGGCAAACACCCCGACGUCAAGACGCUUCUCAUCGACGUCGGUCGCAAGACUGCCGCCAACCGUCAUGUCCAUGUUUCGGUAUCAGACGUGCUGCUUCGUCGCAGCCCGGCCGUCGACGCCGCGCACCUGACCCGCGGACAAUUCAUCCAAGACAUGUCCGAGUGCACCACCGACCUGGUUCGAGACAUGUUCGCCGCCGGCUCUAUCCACGGCAUCGUCUCGGCCGGAGGGUCUGGCGGCACGGCCGUGGCCUCGGCCGUCAUGCGCCGCGCCGUCCCCAUCGGAUUCCCCAAGCUCAUCGUGUCCACCGUUGCCAGCGGCGACACCGCCUCCAUUGUCGGCGAGACAGACAUCACCCUCAUGUACUCGGUUGUCGACAUUGCCGGUCUGAACCAUCUCCUCCGGGGCAUCUUGGCCAAUGCCGCAGCCGCCAUCGCUGCCGCCGCGUGCUCCUACUCCAGCCGGCGACGACGACAAGACCAGCCGGGAGAAGGGCCGGCCAGGAAGCGCGUUGCCAUGACCAUGUUCGGGGUGACGACGCCCGGCGUGGACGCGUUACGAAGCCUGUUGGAAUCCCGCUUCCCCGUCGAGACGUACGUCUUUCACGCCACGGGCCACGGCGGCAUGGCCAUGGAGCGCCUGAUCCGCAACGGCCAAAUAGACGCCGUCGUCGAUCUGACAACCACCGAGAUUUGCGACCUCAUCAUGGGAGGACACAUGUCCGCCGGCAGCGCGAGGCUCGACGCCGCGAUCGAGGCCGGCAUCCCCAACAUCCUCUCGCUUGGCGCUCUGGACAUGGCCAACUUCGGCCCCGAGGCCUCCGUCCCCGACAGGUACAAGCAUCGGGCCCGGGUGCGGCAUAAUCCCCUCGUCACGCUGGUCCGGUCGUCCGAGGACGAGUGCAAGGCCAUUGCCGAGUUCAUCUGCGACAAGUUGAAGCGGGCAAAAAACUCUUCCUUGAUUCAGCUUUGGAUUCCUAGAGGCGGCGUGAGCAUGCUGUCUGUCCCCGGGGGCCCGUUCUACGACGAGGCUGCCGAUGCCGCCCUCUUCGACACCCUCAGGUCCGGCCUGGCCCGGACGGGAAUCCGGGUCGUGGAAGAGCCGGGGCAUAUCAACGAUGCGCAGUUUGCCACGCAUGUCGCAGAGGCUCUUGCGCACAUGAUGCAAUUGUCUGGCUGA